GGCAGGGCUGGGCGCCCGGCGCGCGGCGGCUCUGCGGCCCGGAGGAGGGAGCGCGGCGCGAAGAGGAGGGGCUUGCGGCCCCGUGGACAUGUCAAUCAGAGCCCGGAGCCCGGGGAACCUCGGCCAAUCUGUUCGGACCUGACCUGACUCCUCGCGGCCGCCGAGCGGAUCGAUAGGCGAACGCGGCUCGCCGAGCGGCGCGGGAGGCAGCGCGGCCCGGGCUCGGCCCAGCGCCCGAUGCGCUCCGGAGCCCGCGGCCGGCUCUGAGCGCGGCGGCGGCGGCGGCCCCGGGGGCCCGGCCCCUUCUCUCCAGGUGCCCCCGCGGGCCACCAUGUCCUUCCCCCAGCUCGGAUACCAGUACAUCCGCCCGCUCUAUCCACCCGAGCGCCCGGGAGCCGCGGGAGGAGGAGGCGGCGGCGGCGGCGCGGGGACCCGGAGCGGUCCGGGCUCCGGAGCCUCGGACCUGGCCGCCCCGGGGUCCCUCUCCAACGUGCUCUCGUCCGUGUACGGGGCGCCCUACGCCGCGGCUGCCGCCGCCGCCGCCGCCGCCCAGGGUUACGGCGCCUUUCUGCCCUACGCCACGGAGCUGCCCAUCUUCCCGCAGCUGGGCGCUCAGUAUGAGCUGAAGGACAGCCCUGGGGUCCAGCACCCGGCCACGGCCGCCGCCUUCCCGCACCCGCACCCCGCCUUCUACCCCUACGGCCAGUAUCAGUUCGGGGACCCGUCCCGUCCCAAGAACGCCACCCGGGAGAGCACGAGCACGCUCAAGGCCUGGCUCAACGAGCACCGCAAGAACCCGUACCCCACCAAGGGCGAGAAGAUCAUGCUGGCCAUCAUCACCAAGAUGACCCUCACCCAGGUGUCCACCUGGUUCGCCAACGCGCGCCGGCGCCUCAAGAAGGAGAACAAGAUGACGUGGGCGCCCCGCAGUCGCACGGACGAGGAGGGCAACGCUUAUGGGAGCGAGCGGGAGGAGGAGGACGAAGAGGAAGAUGAGGAAGAGGGCAAGCGGGAGCUGGAGAUGGAGGAGGAGGAGCUCGUGGGCGAGGAGGAGGACACGGGGGCCGAGGGCCUGGCCGACGAGGAAGAGGAGGAAGAGGAGGAGAUCGAUUUGGAGAACUUAGACAGCGCGGCGGCAGCCGGGUCGGAGCUGGCCCUGGCCGGGGCGGCGCACAGGAACGGCGACUUCGGCCUAGCACCCGUUUCGGACUGCAAAACCAGCGACUCGGACGACAGCUCGGAAGGCUCGGAGGAGCGGCCGCUGUCGGUGCUGAGCCUGGCCCCGGCGCCCCCGCCCGUGCCGAGGGCCCCUCCGUCCCCACCCUCUCCGCCCUCGGGCCUGGACCCCUGCGCUCCCGCGCCGGCGCCCUCCUCCUCCGCCCUUCAGAAGCCCAAGAUCUGGUCACUGGCCGAGACGGCCACCAGCCCGGACAACCCGCGCCGCUCGCCCCCGGGGGCCGGGGGCUCCCCUCCCGGGGCUGCCGUCGCACCCCCGACGCUCCAGCUCUCGCCCGCGGCCGCCGCGGCGGCUGCCGCGGCGCACAGACUCGUCUCGGCGCCGCUUGGCAAAUUCCCCGCUUGGACCAAUCGGCCUUUCCCCGGCCCGCCGCCCGGCCCGCGGCCGCACCCGCUGUCCAUGCUGGGCUCGGCCCCACAGCACCUGCUGGGACUUCCCGGAGCCGCCGGUCACCCGGCCGCCGCCGCCGCCUUUGCUCGGCCCGCGGAGCCCGAGAGUGGAACAGAUCGCUGUAGUGCCUUGGAAGUGGAGAAAAAGUUGCUUAAGACAGCUUUCCAGCCGGUGCCAAGGCGGCCCCAGAACCACCUGGAUGCCGCUCUGGUCUUAUCAGCUCUCUCCUCAUCUUAAUUUUUCAACAAUUUUUAAAUCGUUGUACUAAUUGUAAAAACAAAUCGCUCUGUAUAGUGACGAAUUGCAAGCAUGUCUCUGUAUGGUUACCUAAAAAAGAAACUCUAAACAACAACAAAGAAUGAAAGAUAAAAGAAAUAAAGCCAGUCCCCCUCGGCCCUCCCCCAGUCGCUUCUGUGCCACCCCACACCAGAUUGUGAGGUUCGUUUGUUCUGUUGACUUCCGGGGCAGCGGGGUUGCCGCGAGAACAGGCGUGUCUGACUUUUUGUAUAUACAGGAAAAAAAUGUACAUACGUGUGAACCAAAUUGUACAAGAAAGUAUCUAUUUUUUGGCUAAAUAAAUGAGCUGUUGCCACUUUUGAC